AUAAUUACUCCUUUCCUUACAUCUUCUUGUCUUUUCUCAAUCUUUUUUUAUUCUCUGAACUCUACCUUCUCAUAUCUGUUCUUACAGCUCUUUGAAAGAAAAUUCAUUCCAAUGGCACACACUCCUACCAGCCAAAGAUGCCCAAUGGUAACAUCGACAUAUCUCUGUUUACUUAGAUUACUCUAUCCGACUGCCAAGCAAGCCGCACUCUCACAUGCCUUGACCGGACACUCAAGUUCCUCUGGCAAUAGUCUUGUCAAGUCAGGGUAUUCUGAGAGAAGUGGAUCUCCUAUUGACUUUGACGGUCUCAGUUUCCCCAGUAUUGGUGCUAGGGAACGCCGUGAAGACACAGAAGAACAGCGUGAGGUUAGGAUUCAAAAGAUUGCUGGGGCUGUCCGUACGAUCAUAGAGUGCAUCGGCGAAGAUCCUGACCGUGAAGGCCUACUUAAGACCCCGGAGCGCUAUGCCAAGGCAUUAAUGUUCUUUUCCAAGGGAUAUGAAGAGAGUGUCACUCAUCUUAUGAACAAGGCGCUUUUUCAAGAAGACCAUGAUGAGAUGGUCAUCGUUAAGAAUAUCGAUGUAUUUUCGCUAUGUGAGCACCACAUGGUGCCAUUCACAGGAAAGAUCCAUAUCGGCUACAUUCCUCAGAAUGGAAAGGUUGUAGGGCUAAGCAAGAUUGCUCGUUUGGCAGAGAUGUUCAGCAGACGCCUUCAGGUUCAGGAGAGAUUAACUAAGCAAGUUGCCGUGGCUCUCAAGGAGCUUCUCGACCCCCAAGGUGUUGCUGUAGUCAUGGAAGCUAGUCAUUUCUGCAUGGUCAUGCGUGGAGUCCAGAAGCCAGGUAGUCAAACGAUUACCAGUUCCAUGUUUGGUUGUUUCCGUGAUAAUGCCAAAACUAGAGAGGAGUUCUUGUCUUUGAUCCGAAGGAGUGGUAUUUAAAUUUUUAGUUGCUAGACAAGCCCCGCCAAACUACAAGGAUACCCAAAAUAGACCAAUUCCACAUUUCCACAUUUCCAAUUUCCACAAUUCCACAUGUCCACAUGACGCACUUUCAUGCAAAUAAAUGUAUAAUGCGGUAUCACAUUAUAA